AUGGAAGCAUGCUCAAGUACUCCAGAAGGUCCAUUAUCACGGGAGGAAAUAAAGGAGUUGCGUAAAAUUCGAAAUAAACUUAAACGAACAAUAAAAAGGACCCAAAACGCCCCAAAACCCCAAUCUGCAACAGAGAAAUCAUCUGAAAUUGCAACAAAAGGGCAUGUUGCAGUUGUUGCAAGGGACGUUUUUGAACAAAUAAACAAUCAGUCAAGUAUAACAUCAUUCAGCAGUAAUAAACAACGAAAACGUCAACAAUUAGCAGUGAAUUUAGUUGAAUUGCAAGCUCAACAAAGUUUCCACAAUUCUGUUUUGAGUGCUCAUGCAGAACAUUGCAAAACUAGUAGUAAAAUUAAUGCAGUUCCUAAUAAAUUAGAUAAAACUCAGCCAGUUAUAACAAAAGGAAAGCAUUCUGAGAAACCUAAAGGUAAAAAAUUGACUGCUUUAAAAAAAGCUAUUGUUAAAGCUGAAAACAUUGAAUGCCAGUCUGAAGCAGACAUCAAAGAGAUUAAUUAUGUUGAUAAUGUUGUAACACCACAUUUGGAAUGUUUAACUAGUGAUUUUAUGAAGAAAGUUGUUGAAUUGCAAGAAAAAUAUUACCAGAAAAAUUCUAAUAAAGUAGCAAUCAAGAAAAGAUAUAUUGUUGGCUUGCAUCAGCUUAAAAAGUACAUUAUCUUAAAGAAAAUACAUUUGUUUGUUAUUGCUACUGAUGUAAAACUGCGCUAUGAAGAUCCUUUGCAUUUAUUAAUUAGGGAUUUAACUAGUUUAGCAACUGAAAAUGGAAUAUGCUCUGUUUUUGCAUUGAAACGGCGACAAAUCGGACGCAUAACAUUGAAGCAUCUUCCAGUCACUUGUUUUGGUGUUUUAAAUAUUGAUGGACUAAAUGAUGAAUUCAAAAUAUUAGUGGAAGAAAUUGCCAAAUGUAAAAAAGACUUUAUAGACUUACAAACUGAAAGAUUAGAUGGCGAAGACAACGAAGUUUAUAAUAAUUUAUUAGGAAAUAUUAAAUCACUGCUUGUUCAUUAAUUCUUUAUUGAAUUUUACUACAAAUUGUGUGAUUUUGUGCUUUUUCAAACCAGACGUUUUCAACUCCAAGUGCAGGUUUGAAA